GUGUGGCGGGUUGAGAGGUGAAAGAGCAGGCGGCGCGGGGGAAGAUGGCUGCGCUAGCGGCGCCUGCGGAGCGGACUCAGUGAGGGGCUGUGGGGCGGCGGCGGCGAUGGCGGCAGCGGCGAGGCGUGCGACGCGCUGUGGCUGAGCCCCCUCCUCGCCGUCGGGCUGCCCCCGAGCGCUGCGCUGCGCUGCGCUCCGUCCGUUGGCGGCGGCGGCGCCGCCCGGCGCUGCCCCCCACCUCCCCCCCAUGAGCGGGGUGCUGGGCCUGGUGUGGCGCCUGCUGCACGCCCUGCUCUGCCUCCAGCGCGCACUGCUCGCCUGGCUCCGCGGCCGGCCGGCCGGCGGUCCCCGCGCGUGGCUCUGGCGCCGUGCCGCCUCGGCCGCCGCCUCCUGCGCCCUCCUGGCGCCCGCGGCCGGGACUUUCGCCUUCCGCAAGGCCGGCGCGGCGCAGCGGCGGCGGCCCGGGGGCGCGGCGCAGGCCCGCCAGCGGUGGCGCUUGGACGGCGGCGCCCUGCAGAAGCUCCCGGUGCACAUGGGGCUGGUGGUGACCGAGGAGGAGCCGAGCUACACGGACAUGGCCAGCCUGGUGGUGUGGUGCAUGGCGGUGGGAAUCUCCUAUGUCAGUGUCUACGACCAUAACGGUAUUUUCAAGAGGAAUAACUCAAGAUUAAUGGAUGAAAUCUUAAAACAGCAACAAGAACUCUUGGGACUAGAUUGCUCCAAAUACACAGAAUUUGCAAAUCAAGACAAAGCUGAUCAAGUUUUAAAUUGCCAAUCUACAUUGAAGGUGCUGUCUCCAGAAGAUGGAAAAGCAGACAUAGUAAAAGCUGCUCAGAGCUUUUGUCAGUUGGUAGCGCAGCAGCGAAGAACAUACGCAGACCUGGAUGUGAAUGUGUUAGACAACUUAUUAAGUAAUAGGAACCAGAAGGAAGUAGUAGAAUUAACUGGGAUCUCUGAAGGUCCUUUCCUGUUUGAAAAGCCAUUACAAUGUUGAAGAUCCUGCUGCUGAACUGGCCAGCUGAUGAGUACUCAGCUUCUGAAUCAGCUGAUGAGUAAAGCUGUCCACUUCCACAAGAACCCCCACUUUAAGUAUUCUCAUUGCUUCCCUGCAAAACUUUUUCAUACUAACACGCUAGCUUUCCAACAAAUAAGCAACUUCCGCUUUAUAACAUGUUUGUUCACUUUGAGAUAAGCUCUGAACUCUGGCAUGUAAGGUAUUUUUUUUGUCUGAAUAUUUAAUCCUAGUCACUAGAAAUGCUUAUUUCUAGGAAUAAUAUAAAAUUUACUUACCUCUGGAAAAGAACUGCUAUUAUCCUUUUUGGUAGGGAAGGUGUGAACUUCUGAAGUCUUUAGUUAAAAGAUCUAGGGGGAGGGAAACUGGAUGAGACUCUGUUUUGUUCUUCCCUAAGUUAAUUUCCCUUAUGGCUAAAUUUAAGCUUGUGUAAGGCUCUUAUUUCUU